GCAUUAAGGACUUCCUGCAUAAAGUGUCUUCACACAGUGUCAGUUUCACACCCAAAAAUAAGACAGUCACCACAUUUGCUGCUCGUUGAAUGUUUAAAAUGAAUAAACCAGGAAGUAGGCUUUCAAAGUAACAACCACUCUGUGUAGUUUUAGACAAUUAAAUACCGGUACAAGUGCAUCUAUAAGGACUGCAAAGAGAACAAUGGAGAUGAGUGAGGAGAUUUAUGCAAAUGUGGAACCUGCAGCAGACAAUGGAGCUGAAUCCAGUGACGAUGAGAACUCCUAUGAAGAUGUUUAUGUGCAUGAGGACAAUUUAGAGACUCAAAACUCCAGACGCCUCAAGCAAUCUGAGAGCUCAGUUACAGGAAUCAACCGUGCAGGGAAUAAAUGUUACAGAGUGACUGCAGUGUGUCUGCUGCUGGUGUGUGUUCUCCUGCUGACUGCUAUCACAAUGCUGUGGAUCAAAUUCAACAACCUGACUACAGAAAACGACCAAUUACAGACCAGUUACAACACCCUGACUAGAGAGAGAAACCAGUUACAGACCAGUUACAACAUCCUGACAACAGAGAAAGACCAGUUUCAGAAGCAAAACAAUGAAUGUCAGAAGAAGGUGACUGAUUUGGUUUCACUUUUCAAGUGGAGAUGUUUCGACUUCAGUAUUUACUACAUAUCAACGGAGAGGAAAACCUGGACUGAGAGCAGACAGGACUGCACAGAGAGAGGAGCAGACCUGGUGAUCAUAAAGAGCAAAGAGGAACAGGAGUUUAUCUCUAAACAGCUGGGCAGCAGUCGGGCUUGGAUUGGUCUGAGUGACAGAGACACAGAGGGCAAGUGGAAAUGGGUGGACGGAACAGAACUGACCACUGAGUACUGGGGUAAGGGGGAACCGAAUAAUGAAGGUGAUGAGGACUGUGCUGAGAUUUCGGGUGAUCCAGAUCAGAAGAGAUGGAACGAUAUGCCAUGCUCGUAUAAGCAAUUAUGGGUCUGUGAGAAAAGACACUUAGAGAGGUUGAAGCUGGUGUUAGGACAUCUAGAUCGGGAGAGGUUGAAGGUCAAGCUGGAGAAGUGUGCCUUCGUUCAGCAGGAGGUGAGGUACCUGGGCCACAUCAUUUCGCCUGGGGGUGUGGCAACUGAUCCCAGUAAGAUCGAGGCUGUGGUGCUGCUGGGUUAUUUGCUUACUGAGCUGGUACAGGGCAGUGAUCAAGCUGGUUUUGAACCAGAGCUUAGGGAGUUAGCCUCUGAUGGAGAAGUUGGUCUUCAGGAACAGUCGAGUGUAGUCAGUCCUAUUUCUGUGGCCCGUUCAGAAUUACAGACUCCAGUAGAGAAUCCAGCCAGUUCACACGAACCCCCACUUGGAGACCUGCCUAGAGCAGGGAGGGAGGAGGGACGUGCUGUCAUAGAGUCCUCGCUGCUGCAUGAGGAUAGUGCUGGUGUUGUGGAAGUGUGGUGCUGGUGCGGUUGCUGGAGGACGGAGGAGUUGCUGCCAUCCACCAGGAGGCAGAGGUGCAGUUGCUGUCUGCCUGGAAAGGGGGGGAGGGGGGGCACAGCCGUCCACCAGGAGGUCCAGUGCCAGCUCCCGGCGUCUUGGGGAAUCGCUUCCUGGCUGGCCAAGGACCAGAUGACAGUGUGUCUGAGGACCUGGGAAAUGCGGGGCCGGCCAGCAGAACGACAUAGCCGAGAGGGCAGCACCGCUCCUCCUGAAGGAGGAGGAGGGGGUGUACAUCAGGCUGAAGGCCUGAUUCUGGCUGCAGAGGAUUGCGAUGAGGAGGACGGAGGGACCAGGACCAGUUACAAUAACCUGACUAAAGAGAGAGACCAGUUACAGACAAGUUACAAAAACCUGACUAAAGAGCGAGACCAGUUACAGACCAGUUACAACAGCCUGACUAAAGAGAGAGAACAAUCCACUAUCCGCUCUCUGGGUCCGGAAGCCCGCUCUGCGGUAUCUUCCCCCCGGGGAGCAGGCCCGGCGCUCCGCCUGUCUUCAUCCGAGGAGGUUGACGUGGAGGGCGCCGACUCUCAUCUGCCACAGUCUCCUCAAUAUUUCCCCGACCUCCACACUGAGGUGUCGAGGUCAUGGAGGAGGCCUUUUUCGGCCCGUUUAUUCAGUCCCGCCUUCUCUUACUAUGCUAACGUGGCGGGGCUGGACCAGACUGGCUACAGGGCGAUGCCCAGGAAUUUGCGCCCGGUCUGGCCAAAGCGUUCUUGUACCCCCGAGUGGGGUAUGUACCCAAAAGGUCCCUCCUCGGCACCAUGGCCAUUCGUGCUGCAGGCCUUCUUUCCUCCUCCCUUUCGGGAGCCCGACCAUCGGAAGCUUAACUGUACAUGUCCAGUGCGAGCACUGGAUGCGUACGUCCACAGAGCUCCCCUGUGGAGGAGGGCGGACCAAUUGCUUGUAUGCUUUGGUCCCCCGAAGAGGUGUCUUCCUGCUACCAAGCAGACCCUCAGCCGGUGGAUUGUGGAGGCCAUUUCCCUGGCUUAUGAGUCCUCUGGUCUUCCCUCACCCUUGGGGGUCAAGGCUCACUCGGUGUGGCGGCCUCGAUGGCCUUUCUCGCAGGCAGGGAUUUUCUUUUAUAGAUUAGAGAUGCAUCAGCGUUCUUUUGAGCAAAUAGUUAUCUAUGAGAAUGCAAGCGCUGUUAGAGGUCAUGACCCUGAAGCAGAGAAGAAAGGCAGUGACACAAAGAGAGACCUAGACACAGAUCCACACACAGGAGGAGACACUGCAUGGAGCAGAUGUUACAGAGUGACUGCUGUGUGUGUGCUGCUGCUGUGUGUUCUCCUGCUGACUGCCAUCACAGUGCUGUGGAUCAAAUUCAUCAACCUGACUAAAGAGAGAGACCAGUUACAGAAGGAUAGAGAGGACCUCCAGAGGCUUUCUAAACUAGUGAGAGAUAUUGGAUGGACCUACUUCAACUCCAGUCUUUACUACAAGUCUACUGAGAAGAAGAACUGGACUGAGAGCAGAAAGGACUGCAGAGAGAGAGGAGCAGACCUGGUGAUCAUAAACAGCAAAGAGGAACAGGAGUUCAUCAAUAAAACUCUGCUCAGUGCAAAAGCUUGGAUUGGUCUGAGUGACAGAGACACUGAGGGGGUGUGGAAAUGGGUGGACGGUACAGAACUGACCAACGGCACUGGGUACUGGAGCCAAGCGGAACCCAAUGAUCAUGAAGGAAAUGAGGACUGCGCUAUAACUGGCUACAUCCCACAAGGUGGAACAAGAGAUUUCCUAAAUACAUGGAAUGAUGUUCCAUGCUCUUUCAAUUAUGGCCGGAUAUGUGCAAAGAAAUUUUUUAUUUAGAUGGAAGCUUUUAACAGAGGGUAGCUUGGCUAAACUUAACAUGUCAAUGAAUUACAUUUUAACUUCUCAAACCUCUUGAAAAUACAUUUCUUUUGCUCAAAAGCCUGCAUCCAAAUAAAAUGUGUUUUAUCUUCUAACCUUUGUUUAAAAAAUAAACACAAUUUAUAGUUUAUUUGCUGAAUCUACAUGUGAAUUUAACGAGAUCGACUUAGUAGAUAACUCCUUCUAAACACUAACAAGUAAUUCUGUGGUGCAGUGGGGAAUGAAUCUACCUCACAGCUCCAGGAGCUCCAGUUUGAUCCUGAGCUCAGGUUACUGUCUGUGUGGAGUUUUACAUGUUUCCUCAGGGUUCUCAGGUUUCCUCCCAAAAAAAUACCAAUAAGUGGAAUGACUAAAUCAUUGUUAUAAUUUAAAUAAUGGUAAUUUAGUGUACAAAAACAGUACUGUUGUUUGUACUAUAGUACAAAAGUUUGUACUGUAGAUAGCUCUUCCUCAGAGGGUGUUAAGUUGCCCUGUGAUGCUCUGAUGCUGCCUAUAAUCUAAGAUUAAUAAUAAUUAGAUUAAAAAAUGUACUGCUGUUUAACAAAAAAAAAAGUGUAAUUGUUGAUAUGUUCUGUUAGGAGACGUUAAUUCAGCAUUUAUGGAAGGAGUCUCCAAUGUCACUCCAGUCUCGAGUGGCACUCUCUCAGACAUGGUAAAAUAUUCAGAACAGAGGAGAUUGCAUUUCCCGGUUUCAGGGUAACAUGAUAAAAUAAGCAUUUUUUGUCAAUUAUCUUAAAGCUCAAGAAAAGAGAGAUGCUGGUGAAUCAACAAUUGUUUAUAAAUAGAUACUUAUAACGUAAGUGAUAACACCAGGUAACUUGUUUCAAGGACAUUCCACAACAUGAAAUGUAACUACAAAUGUAUAACGUUGCUCUUUAAUAAUAAUAAUAGAGUAAGAUACUUUACUGUCAUUGUAUACAAUACAACGUAAUUUAGUGUGGAUACUCUCAGAAAGCAACAAAGGACACAAACAUUACACUUAACAUUAAAGAGUUUAAAAAUAGUGAAUUGUAAAAUAUAUACAUAUAUAUAUAUAGAGAUAUAUAUAAAUAUAUACAGUACCUUUAUUUUAGUUAGAAUCCUUUAAUAAAUUGGUUGUCUAAUGUUAACAUGGCCAACAUUUUCUCUGCCCUGCUGCUUAAAGUGUUUUGAUGGAUCUGCAAAAAAAGGUCCAUGUCUGUAAAUACCCAGUACAACAUUAUGGAAUUUCACUCAAGAUUUUUUAUUAAAAGACAUUAGAGAAUUUCACUUCAUUUUGUCUUGUCAUUCAACUAUUUUUUGUAUAUACUGAGCUGUGUUGAACACCUGCACCACUGAUCCUGUUGUGUGGCAAUAAAGAAAUUAAAAUAUUAGAUUAGUUAGUGUGUGUGUGUGUGUGUGUGUGUGUGUGUGUAGUCAUAGUAGUAGUAGUAGUGCACACAAAUUCAGGGUUUUAUAAAAUUCUUAGCAAGCUGGAUACCCCCAUGAUAGCAAGCAACAACUGUAUAGUUUCUGCUAGAGCUGAAAUUUCAUUAUUGAAUCUGUAUGUUUACUGCCCUCUAGUGUUUAGUGAUUGUUUUUCAUCAGGUUUUGUGGCCUAGAAGUUCCAGUGGGAAUAGCAAAGUUAUUUGUGAGUUUAGGCUCAUACUGGAUUUCUCAGUGGUUGUGGGAAGGGGUAUUUUUUUCACAUAUGUCACUAGU